AUGCCUGCCUCAUCCAAGAACACCAACGUCCAGGCCGUCGGCUUUCCCAUCGGCUGCAGCGUCAUGGCCAAGCCCAUCCCCAAGGAAGCCGUCGGUUUUCCCAUUGGCUGCAACGUCAUGGCCAAGCCUGGUCCCAAGGAAGCUGUUGGCUUCCCCAUCGGUUGCACCAUCAUGUAA